AAUAAUGAUGUAUUUGGCGAAUCAAAUACAUGGUCUAUUAACGAACCAUUUUGAUUAGUUGAUAAUAUUAAUUGAGAAUUUUAUGAAAGAUUCUUGUAAAAGGUUUUCUUAAGGCCGAAUUUAUGUCGAGUAGACCUUGUUGCUUUGUUGUAAAAAAUUUAAAAUUGAAUUUGUAGGGAGGGACUUAUGUCACCACAAACAGAGACUAAAGCAAGUGUUGGAUUUAAAGCUGGUGUUAAAGAUUACCGAUUGACUUAUUAUACUCCUGAGUAUGAAACCCUAGAUACUGAUAUCUUGGCAGCAUUCCGAGUAACUCCUCAACCUGGAGUUCCACCUGAAGAAGCGGGGGCUGCAGUAGCUGCCGAAUCUUCUACUGGUACAUGGACAAGUGUAUGGACCGACGGACUUACCAGUCUUGAUCGUUACAAAGGACGAUGCUACAACAUCGAGCCCGUUGCUGGAGAAGAAAAUCAAUAUAUUUGUUAUGUAGCGUAUCCUUUAGACCUUUUUGAAGAAGGUUCUGUUACUAACAUGUUUACUUCCAUUGUGGGUAACGUAUUUGGGUUCAAAGCUUUGCGUGCUCUACGUUUGGAAGAUUUGCGAAUCCCUGUUGCUUAUGUCAAAACUUUCCAAGGCCCGCCUCACGGUAUCCAGGUUGAAAGAGAUAAAUUGAACAAGUAUGGUCGUCCCCUAUUGGGAUGCACUAUUAAACCCAAAUUGGGGUUAUCCGCUAAAAACUAUGGUCGAGCAUGUUAUGAAUGUCUUCGUGGUGGACUUGAUUUUACCAAAGAUGAUGAAAACGUGAAUUCCCAGCCGUUCAUGCGUUGGAGAGACCGUUUCCUAUUUUGUGCCGAAGCUAUUUAUAAAUCACAAGCCGAAACAGGUGAAAUCAAAGGGCAUUAUUUGAAUGCUACCGCAGGUACUUGCGAAGAAAUGAUAAAAAGAGCUGUAUUUGCUAGAGAGUUGGGAGUUCCAAUCGUAAUGCAUGACUACUUAACAGGUGGAUUCACUGCAAAUACUAGCUUGUCUCAGUAUUGCCGAGACAAUGGUCUACUUCUUCACAUCCACCGUGCAAUGCACGCAGUUAUUGAUAGACAGAAGAAUCAUGGUAUGCACUUCCGUGUACUAGCUAAAGCGUUACGUCUGUCUGGUGGAGACCAUAUUCAUUCUGGUACCGUAGUAGGUAAGCUUGAAGGGGAAAGAGAUAUUACUUUAGGCUUUGUUGAUUUACUACGUGAUGAUUAUACUGAAAAAGACAGAAGUCGCGGUAUCUUUUUCACUCAAUCUUGGGUUUCCACACCUGGUGUUCUUCCUGUUGCUUCAGGAGGUAUUCACGUUUGGCAUAUGCCUGCUCUAACCGAAAUCUUCGGGGAUGAUUCUGUACUACAGUUUGGUGGAGGAACUUUAGGACACCCUUGGGGGAAUGCACCGGGUGCUGUAGCGAAUCGAGUAGCUCUAGAAGCAUGUGUACAAGCUCGUAAUGAGGGACGUGACCUUGCUCGCGAGGGUAAUACAAUUAUUCGUGAAGCUGCUAAAUGGAGUCCUGAACUAGCUGCUGCUUGUGAAGUAUGGAAGGAAAUCAAAUUUGAAUUCCCGGCAAUGGAUACAAUUUAGUCUAAGUCAUUAAUGUUCGGUCUCUUAAUUGAAUUGUAAUUAAACUCGGCCCAAUCUUUUACUAAAAAGGAUUGAGCCGAAUACAAUUUUUGUAUAUAUCUUGUAUCUCUCUAUUUAUAGAAACUUCUUUUUAUAUACAAGCAAGAUCUUCAAUUCAAAAUUGAAUACUAAACAACUCAAACUUUCUAUUAUUGUCUUGGAUCCACAAUUAAUCCUACGGAUCCCUAGGAUUGGUAGAAUUGGUAGAUUCUUAUACAUAUUCCGUGGGUUCGGCCUAUGACUGUGGAUAUUAAGUCAAGUAUACGAACUCCUUCUACCUAUCUUGUAUAUUGUCCUUUUCGUUCCGUAUUAGAAUAGAAACUUAUUCGGUCUUAUAUUAGACGGGAUUCGACGAAAAAAAAAUUCUUCAUUUCAUAAAAUAGAAGAUAUAUUCUUUAUUUUUUUUAUAUAAAUUUGACCUGACCUUGGAAAUUCUGCCUUUUUUCUUUUUCUUUAGAAUUUUUUCGAAUUUUAAAGAUAAAGAAAAAAGUUCUAUCAUAUUCAUAUACAACGAAGUUAUAUCACGGAUUUGUACAAGAAAGAAUUACUUCUUUCAAUAGAAUAUACUUAAGAAUACUUACUCAUUUUUCGUUAAUAAUCUGCGUGAUUGGAUCUAGAUGCUUAUUCUGACAAGAAAUGUUCAAAUUGAUUUUCAUCGAA